UGUUGGAUAAUUCUAGAAGAAGCGUCGCAGUUUUCUUUGCAGCCCAAAAGACGAGCACUUCACCCGGACCUGAGGUCUCACCCUUUCCCUGGACACACACCCGGAGACUCUACAUCUUCUCACAGUUCCCCGCUGCUUAAAAAAAGAGUCUAUUUUGACUUUUAGACGUUUUUUCAUAACAAAUUUUAGAGCUUUAGCUUGUUAACCGAGUUGUCAAAAAAUGUUGAGUGUGGCCAAAAGCGUUUCAAGGACUCUCCGGACAGGGAGCUGCACGAGAAAUGUGUCCUCUUUGGUGAAGAAGGCAUCCUGGAGUGGCGGCUUCCAACCAGAUGCUCUCAGAGCUCUGUCCAGGAGGGACUAUGCGUCAGAGGCCAUCAAGGGCGCCGUCAUUGGCAUCGACCUGGGAACCACCAACUCGUGUGUCGCAGUCAUGGAGGGGAAACAGGCCAAGGUGUUGGAGAACGCAGAGGGAGCCAGGACGACUCCUUCAGUCAUCGCUUUCACCGCAGACGGCGAGCGUCUGGUGGGCAUGCCCGCCAAACGCCAGGCUGUCACCAACCCUCAGAACACGCUGUUCGCCACCAAGAGGCUGAUUGGACGUCGCUUUGACGACCCAGAGGUCCAGAAAGACAUGAAGAAUGUCCCCUUCAAGAUCGUGCGUGCGUCUAACGGGGACGCUUGGGUCGAGGCUCAUGGGAAGAUGUACUCCCCCAGCCAGGCCGGAGCCUUCGUCCUGAUGAAGAUGAAGGAGACGGCAGAGAAUUAUCUGGGAACCAAAGUGAAGAACGCCGUGGUCACUGUACCGGCCUACUUCAACGACUCUCAGAGACAGGCUACCAAAGACGCCGGUCAGAUCUCUGGUCUGAACGUCCUGCGUGUGAUCAACGAGCCAACAGCUGCUGCCCUGGCCUACGGCCUGGACAAAACCCAGGAUAAAAUUAUUGCUGUGUACGAUCUGGGUGGAGGUACGUUUGAUAUCUCAGUCCUGGAGAUCCAGAAGGGAGUUUUUGAGGUGAAGUCCACCAACGGGGACACCUUCCUGGGGGGAGAGGACUUCGAUCAUCACCUCCUGCAGCACAUUGUCAAGGAGUUCAAGAGAGAGUCCGGCGUGGAUCUGACCAAAGACAACAUGGCUCUGCAGAGAGUCAGAGAGGCUGCUGAGAAGGCAAAGUGUGAGCUGUCCUCUUCACUGCAGACUGACAUCAACCUCCCGUACCUGACCAUGGACGCCUCUGGUCCCAAACAUCUCAACAUGAAGCUGACCCGCUCUCAGUUCGAAGGCAUCGUGGCCGACCUGAUCCGUCGCACCGUGGCUCCGUGUCAGAAGGCCAUGCAGGACGCCGAGGUGUCCAAGGGAGACAUCGGAGAGGUGCUGCUGGUCGGAGGAAUGAGCCGUAUGCCCAAGGUCCAGCAAACUGUCCAGGACCUGUUCGGCCGCGCUCCCAGCAAGUCCGUCAACCCCGAUGAGGCGGUUGCCAUAGGAGCAGCCAUCCAGGGCGGCGUCCUGGCCGGUGAUGUCACUGAUGUGCUGCUGCUGGAUGUGACGCCUCUGUCUCUCGGUAUCGAGACCUUGGGCGGAGUCUUCACCAAACUCAUCAACAGGAACACCACCAUCCCCACCAAGAAGAGCCAGGUGUUCUCCACAGCAGCCGACGGUCAGACUCAGGUGGAGAUCAAGGUGUGUCAGGGAGAGCGAGAGAUGGCAGCAGACAACAAGGUGCUGGGUCAGUUCACCCUGGUGGGAAUCCCCCCCGCCCCCCGCGGCGUUCCUCAGGUGGAGGUCACCUUCGACAUCGACGCCAACGGCAUCGUCCACGUCUCCGCCAAGGACAAGGGGACAGGCCGGGAACAGCAGAUCGUGAUCCAGUCGUCUGGAGGUCUCAGUAAAGACGACAUCGAGAACAUGAUCAAGAACGCAGAGAAGUACGCAGAGGAGGACAGGAGGAGAAAGGACCGCGUGGAGGCCGUCAACACGGCUGAGGGCAUCAUCCACGACACAGAAUCCAAGAUGGAAGAGUUCAAGGACCAACUUCCUGCUGAUGAGUGCACCAAGCUGAAGGAGGAGAUCACAAAGGUCAAAGAUCUUCUGGCGAACAAGGAGUCAGAAACGGGAGACAACAUCAAACAGGCAGCCACCAACCUGCAGCAGGCGUCACUUAAACUCUUUGAAAUGGCCUACAAGAAGAUGGCAGCAGAGCGGGACAGCGGCAGCAGCAGCUCGGGCUCAAGCUCAGGCUCAUCAGAGGGCGAGAAGAAGGAAGGCCAGCAGUAGACCUUUUUGCACUUAUGUUACUGGGUUUCCAUGACAACAACAAAGGACUGUCAGGCUCGGCGGCGGACUGGAUGGGGAGGGUGGCAGUCUUGAGUGACGAGCUGAAUCUUAGUCAUUCUCAACCAUAAUAUAUUAUUCUACUGUGUUUUGGCAGUAAAAUUCUCUAGUGAAAAGAUAAAAUGUCAAUGUACGCUCCUCCAUGUCCUGUGAUAUCCUGUCUUUGUAAUUUAAUUGUCUCAAAAACAUGUGUUUAUUUUUACAAUGCUGUUAAUUUACAUUCUGAGGUAGUAAAAGUUCCUUUUUUGUCCAAGACAUCAUGUAGAUUUCAUGUUCUUUGGUUCCAUCAUCUGAAGCAGUUCAGCUUGUUACACUUUCUGUUGUUUGUACCAGUUAAGCUGAGCUCAAAAGGCUCGUACACUGAGUUUAGGGACAGUACCCGCCCUGCAUAAAGUCAUAUUGUACAGUGCUGUACAUCAGAUAGAGCUAUCUGGAGUUAAUAUUGUGCUCCGAACAACUUGGAUGUGAGAAGUUUCUGCACAAAAUCUUGUUCUGUCAGAAACUGUACUUGUCUGCUGAUCCUAGUUCACUCAAUAGUUCUAAAACUAGUGAAGCAAUUCUCCUUUUAAAUCCCUUUUAUUCAUAAUAUCUGAAAAAAAAAAUGGAUCUCUAGAAUAAUGAAUCUUUUCGUUCCCAUUUCUUAUGUCCUGAUAUUUUCUUCCAGGGGACAUCAGGAUUGAAAGGAGUUAUUCUGUGCUGAAGGACAGAAUAUAUUAAAUAAUCUAAUGUCUGAGUGUGAGAAUGAGGGUCAAGCUUCAGUUUAUUGUUCUCAAGUUUGAGUUUAAAGAAUGUGAAGGCCUUUAUCAGUGAUAAACUCCCAUCUUUAGUCAUCUGCAUCCUCUUCUGUAACUUCCAUCUUAAACUUCUGACUGUAAGAUGCACGUCAAUGGUUUCUGACUCCAGUUAAACUAGAAAUGGAUGAAUCUGGAUGUUGAAUUUGCACAAUAGAGGAUGAGGCCUUAGUUUACUUCUCAUCUCAGACGGAUAAGAUGAGUUGGGAUGCAACAAACCAGUUAAGGACUGAGCAUUCAGCUUGAGACCAGCUGUUCAUUCCCCUAAAGAAAGACGUUCUGAUGUAAACUGUUCUGUGUAAUGUGAUUGAGACAUGUCUGCC